GUACAUGGCCCGAAACAACAACAUUGAAGGCUGUGUACCCGCUUUUUCUCUGCUCUUUUAAGUUUACCUAAAACCUAAUACAGGUUUUUGCAUUGGCACUGCUGAUGUCCAAGUACAAACUCUUCUUGUUGAGGCAUGGAGAAGGUGCCUGGAACAAAGAGAACCGCUUCUGCAGUUGGGUCGACCAGAAACUGAGUGAGAAUGGGGUCACAGAGGCCCGAGACUGUGGCAGACUGUUAAAGGAACAGGGGUACAAGUUUGACAUUGUGUUCACGUCCAUACUCAGUCGCUCCAUUCAAACAGCAUGGCUUGUUUUGGAGGCGAUGGGCUUGGAGUGGAUCCCGGUGGUCAAGUCAUGGAGACUUAAUGAAAGGCACUACGGUUCUCUGAUCGGCCUAAACCGAGCAGAAAUGGCUUUGCAACAUGGAGAGGAGAAAGUAAAGCUUUGGAGAAGGAGUUAUGAUAUCACACCACCACCCAUUGAUGAAUCUCACCCAUAUUAUCAUGAAAUCUACAGUGACCGCAGAUACAAUACCUGUGAUGUGGCCAAAGAUAAAUUACCCCGAGCUGAGAGUCUGAAGGAAGUGCUGGACAGACUGCUGCCAUAUUGGGACAAUAUAGUAGUUCCAGAAAUUAGGAAAGGCCACACGGUGCUCAUAUCAGCUCAUGGGAACAGCUGCAGGGCCCUUCUGAAACACCUGGAAGGUAUAUCGGAUGAGGAUAUUGCCAACGUUACUUUACCAACUGGGGUCCCUGUGCUGCUGGAGCUGGAUGAAAACCUAAGGCCGGUCAAACCUCGUCAGCUUCUGGGAGACCAAGCCAAAAUCCAGGCAGCUAUUAAAAAGGUAGAAGACCAGGGAAAAGCUAAUCCAGCAACUUGAAUUACAAUACUACUAGAUUAGAUAAAAAAUAAAAUAAAAUAAAUAAAGACGAAAGGGAAAAUAUUUAAUAAGAGCAUAGCUGUUACCGAGGUUACUGUAAAGGAUGCCAUGUUACUGUGAGUUUGUGUUGUGUUGUUAGGCCCUGAUGUGUUUCAGGACUGAGGCAGGGAAAUAUUUUAGCUCUAUUUAAGUAAAGCUAUGGAAAUUCAUUUCUUUUAUUGUACACCCACCCAUCUCAGAUUUGUGCCUUUUAUAUUGUUGGUUUCCAAUAAGAAGGCUUUUGUUGUGAAAGUGGCCAAUAUUGUGCGCUGAAAAUGUCCUAUUAGUUUGCACUGUUUUUCAUUUUUUUUACUUAAAAUUUGUAUUUAUAGAUCAUAAAAUAUUGUAUAGUCCACAUUUUAUUUAUUAUUUCGCCCUUCUAUUAGCAUCCUGCUGGUACAUAACUACAGUAAUGUAAACUGCUGCAUAAGGUUACUUGAAUUGAUGGUACUGUAUGUUAUAUGUCUUUGUCUACUACUGAUCACUGCUGUUUUCUAAAUGUAUUUUGUUGCUUAUUUUUCUCAGACGGUUCCAUUGACAGUAAAAAGAAUGCACAAUGUGAAGCAGUUGGCUUUCAUUGAUUACCUGAAAGUCAAAUAGUAAGCUUAGUAUAUGUUACAGUUGCCACUAUUACUGUUUUGUUAUGUUUAGUUUUUUAGGAUGAAUUGUAAGCAAUGUGUGCCCUGUGUUACUCCUAAAGCACUACUAACCCCCACCCCCCUUUUCCUGAUGAUUAGCCCACUUUUUACUGUUUAUUUACACUGCUAGUGUUGUUAUGUGCUUUGUUAGGACUUUAUAAGCACAAACUGAAAGACAUGGCCUUGUGAAAUGUGUCUUCCCAGUAGCCUGAAUCAUUCACUCAAAUAAAUUAUAACUCAACAAAAA